AUGACCGUCUUUCUUGGUACCAUAACCACUCUCCCUAGCCAUGUUUGCCUGGGCCUUUCAGUCAUUAACAAGAACAAACAGAAGGUUCAGGAUGCCUGGAUCAGCAUUUUGCCAAAAUACCACAUGUGUGCAGUUGAUAGGAUUCACUUUCCGGUUAAAGACGCAAAGACGGUACAGCCAGUCCGUGAUAGAAGUGGGGAGGUAGACCAGUUCGGAAGACAAUAUAAACUCACGACGCUUGCACCGCCGAGCCCCAACACGAGGAGCCACUUCCUGGCUCCAAGAUCAGGAUGCGAAGGAAGGGGCUUGUACGUUACCGCACCGACUUCGAUGCGACGACACUAUCGCAACGUCCACCAUUUCCUCACUGUCAACAUCAGCAUGAGCACUUAUUUGAUACUCCGCACUGGUUUGAACAGCGGGAUGGGAUCUUUGGUACCGGGCCUUAUGUCACAUGGGUUGGAGUAG